AUGCAUUAUAGUUUCUACCAAUCAGAGACGAUGAUAUCGUCAAGGAUAUUAAAAUAACAUAAAUAUAAGAUGAAAAAUUAGGAUUCAAAGAGGCCAAAGCAAUUUUUAAUUCUUAUCAAAGAUUUAACAAGAUCAAAUAAAAAUGGCAAUCAAGAGGGUACAGAAAGCAUGGAGACAACUGAAAAUGUUAUUCUCAAAGAAACAGACAAGUAGCAAGGGAGUUGGAACCAAUUUGUCAAUUCCAGAGCAUUGCCAAACUGAGAAUGUAUUCACUUUCGUAGUGGCGAAUAGGUUAGCAGAGGCAGUCGCUGAAAGAGAUGCCCUGAGAAAAGAGAAAGAUCAAAAGGAAAGGGAGUUGGAGAUGGAACGAGAGGCAGUGAACCGAGCGCAAAACGAAAUAGGUGAGCUGAGAAAAGAACUUACAAGGCUGCUAGAGAUGGUUGAAAGUACCUUAAAUACCGCUGAUCUUCUCACACUGUGCAACGAUGGCCCAGAUGGCGAUAAUGAUUGUGAACUGGAUCAUAAAAGUACUGACGCUAAAAUGAUUGCUAAAGUGCCUUCAUCGUGAUCAUAUAUUUCAACUAUUUAUAAACUGUCCCACAUAGCAAAAACAGCAAUGACGUUCCCACAGUCCCGAUUUAUGUCACUAGUGUCCGUCUGACAUAGCGCAACUGACAUCCCAGCCCGUGACAAACACACAAUUGAUAUCAGACAAGAGUGAAGAGCACGGGGACUAGUAGAUUUAGAAAUCAACAAAAUCAAUUUCGUAAACAUACAUUACAUAUCCAGGGAGCAAAAGAUGGUCAUAUUUAUACACCCUACAUCAUUAAUACUAAAUAAUUGAACGAGAUUUUUUGAACGAGAAAUAAAUUGUAUAUAUUGUAAAUAAAUUGUAUGUAUUGAAAAUAAAUUGUAUAUAUUGUAAAUA